CUUGUUUCUUGGUUAUCGCGGGAGAAACAACAGUCCACUUUGUUGGUCUUUUUUUUUCUUUUGGUGUGUGUUUACUGGGCAACGGUCGAAUCACCUUUUCAAUAAGCAUCAGGACACAUCACAGCAGCACCAGCCAUGGCAGCACUACAUCCGAAUCAGGUUGCUUUCAAAGAAGGCGUUCAAUACUUGUUCCACUCGUGGACUGCACUCAAGCUAGCUGUCGACGGCGAGUGGGGCGGAACGGACUCUAUGGAGAAGAGAGACUGGUUUGUUGAUACCAUCGUAGACUAUUUCAGCCAACAUGGCAAGAAUGUGGACACGUUCGAUCUGGAGGACAUUUUGAUUCAAAUCAUGAACGACGAAUUCUCAAUUUUACUCGAAGACAAGUCUGAGCAACAUAUCGCUAAGGUUCUGGAACAGCUGUUUCUGGAGUGCACACAUGGAAAGUAUGAUCUGGUCCAGACGUUGAAGCAAGAUUCGCAAAAGAUCAGCGGAUCGUUGAAGGCGAGCAAGAGCCAGAAGGAGGGCGAGGAUGAUGAUGAUAGCAGCGAUGAUGAGGAUGAGGAUGCGGAUGAGAAUGGAGAACAGAAUAGUAUGGAUGUGGAGAUGGGUGAGUCCUCGACGUCGAGUGCGACACCGCAGGGGAGAGAGAAACCCGAGCCGAUUAUUGAUGAGGAUGGGUUUGAGACCGUGGUCAAGAAAGGCCGGAGGAGGUGAACACACAGCACACAGGUGGAUGGAUCAAUGGACACACAGUUGUAGUAUUGGUAGAUAUGGCAUAGUAAUCAUGAAGGAAUAAACAACAAAUAGCGCUCGCAGCGAGUGUCAUGCUAUGACUAAAGGGGUCGCGAUACAGCGUUGUG